AUGCCGACUCCCAAGUCCAUCCCUGUGUUUUGUGAUGGGCCGCACGUUUCGAGGACACAAACCACGGCAGCUCGAGGGAGUCGCUGGAGCGAUCCCGAUCCCGAUCCCGCGGGACCGCGCCCGGCUCGGGCCCCGCUCCCGGGGCGGCGGGGCCGGCAGGGGGCAGCAGAGGCCGGGCUGGGCGGGCGCGGCGCUGCCCGGGAUCCGAGCAUCCGCAACCCGAGCAUCCCACCGGCCCGUUCCCGGGAUCCGAGCAUCAACCCGAGCAUCCCACCGGCCCUUUCCCGGGAUCCGAGCAUCCGUCCGAGCAUCAACCCGAGCAUCCCACCGGCCCGUUCCCGGGAUCCGAGCAUCCGCCCGAGCAUCAACCCGAGCAUCCCACCGGCCCUUUCCCGGGAUCCGAGCAUCCGUCCGAGCAUCAACCCGAGCAUCCCACCGGCCCGUUCCCGGGAUCCGAGCAUCCGCCCGAGCAUCAACCCGAGCAUCCCACCGGCCCUUUCCCGGGAUCCGAGCAUCCGUCCGAGCAUCAACCCGAGCAUCCCACCGGCCCGUUCCCGGGAUCCGAGCAUCCGCCCGAGCAUCAACCCGAGCAUCCCACCGGCCCUUUCCCGGGAUCCGAGCAUCCGUCCGAGCAUCAACCCGAGCAUCCCACCGGCCCGUUCCCGGGAUCCGAGCAUCCGUCCGAGCAUCAACCCGAGCAUCCCACCGGCCCUUUCCCGGGAUCCGAGCAUCCGUCCGAGCAUCAACCCGAGCAUCCCACCGGCCCUUUCCCGGGAUCCGAGCAUCCGUCCGAGCAUCAACCCGAGCAUCCCACCGGCCCUUUCCCGGGAUCCGAGCAUCCGUCCGAGCAUCAACCCGAGCAUCCCACCGGCCCUUUCCCGGGAUCCGAGCAUCCGUCCGAGCAUCAACCCGAGCAUCCCACCGGCCCUUUCCCGGGAUCCGAGCAUCCGUCCGAGCAUCAACCCGAGCAUCCCACCGGCCCUUUCCCGGGAUCCGAGCAUCCGUCCGAGCAUCAACCCGAGCAUCCCACCGGCCCUUUCCCGGGAUCCGAGCAUCCGUCCGAGCAUCAACCCGAGCAUCCCACCGGCCCUUUCCCGGGAUCCGAGCAUCCGUCCGAGCAUCAACCCGAGCAUCCCACCGGCCCUUUCCCGGGAUCCGAGCAUCCGUCCGAGCAUCAACCCGAGCAUCCCACCGGCCCUUUCCCGGGAUCCGAGCAUCCGUCCGAGCAUCAACCCGAGCAUCCCACCGGCCCGUUCCCGGGAUCCGAGCAUCAACCCGAGCAUCCCACCAGCCCGCUCCCGGGAUCCGAGCAUCCGUCUGAGCAUCAACCCGAGCAUCCCACCGGACAAGACAUACAGCCUCUCUAUGUGCAUAUCUGUACAUUUGCAAACGCACACACCCCCUGCAACUGCAAACCUUGUCCGGGUGCACUGUACAACGCACAUCUGA